AUGACCAAGUUCGCGCUCGGCCCGGGCGCCAUGCCCGAGCGCCUGCACCUGGCCGAGACGCGGCAGCACGCGCUGACCGACAUGGCCGACGCCGUCGUGGCCGAGACGCUGCAGACGUACGAGUCGUUCAUCACGAGCGGCCGGCAGCUGCCGCACGAACAGUGGAAGCACGUCAAGAGCAAGGAGAAGGUGCGCGUCUUCCGCUCGCGCAGGGGCAAGUCGGCCAAGCACCACACGCAGUCGCACGACGAGAAGGACCCGAGCCGGCCGCGGCUGCUCUCGGCCUCGGCUAUGGAGCAGGCCGCGGCGUCCGGCCGGCCCUUCGCCUACGACGACGACCCGGCCCAGGAGGACGAGACCAGCGCCAACACGCUCAGUUCCAGCAGCGACGCCGGCUCCUUCACGCUCUUCGAGGACAGCGUGCUGGCCACCGUCAAACCCGCGCACGUGCCGCUCGUCGUGGCCACCGGCUCCAUCGAGGGCACGGUCGAGGACGCCGCGUUCGGCGCCGUAGCCAACACCAUGCACCGGUGGCUGGUGCGCAACUCGUACGUGCACAACGACACGUUCGAUGACCGCAAGCUGUUGGCCACGCUGCAGACGCCGAGCGAGGAGGACCCGUUCCGGUCCGUCGUGAUUAAGUGGGCCACGGCCAACUUCGGCCCGUUCGUGACGCGCCGGGACUUCUUGUACUUGGAGUCCAUGGGCAUGGCCUUCGACUCGGACGGCGAGCGCGUGUUCUACAACCUCAUCCACUCCAUCGACAUGGACGAGUGCCCGACGCUCGAGAACAGCCACAACAUCAUCCGAGUGCAAGUGUCCAUUUGCUACAUUGUCCGGCAGCUCAACGACGACAGCGUGGAGCUCUUCUGCCGCGGGUUUGUUGAUCCCCACGGCGAGAUGAUGGAGAGCCACGGCAUCGGACUGCUGGCCCAGAACGUCUCGUCCUGCGCCGGCGUCGUCGAGUGCUCCAACCUCAAGAAGCUCAGCUGGCUCAUGUCCCGCCGCCGCCACAGCGACUCAUCGGGCAUUGCUUCUUCGUCGGGCAAGUGCGGCCUGUGCCACAAGUCGCUCAAGAACCUCGGCAGCCUGCUCCAGACGCACUCCGGCUGCCCGAUCUGCCGCCGCGUGACCUGCGGCAAGUGCAGCGUGCAGAAGAAGCUCACGAUCGACGCGUCCAAGGACAUUACGCAGAAGAACUUUACCUUCUGCCUGUCCUGCGUGCUGGAGGCCAAGGAGCUCUCGGCCUGGCAAGUGGCCACCUCCACCUUGCGGAGUUCGUGA